AUGUUGGCACCAGUAGUGACAAAUCGGGAUAUGACACCAUUAUUACAACCUGAUGAAGAUAUCAUCGAAUUUUUGCGUAGUAACAAUUUUGAUGUUCGUUUGCAAACAUUAAGCCAUUUAACAGUAUGGGUGAAAAAUGAUCCACAAUGGUUUUCGAAAUUUGUUAGAAAGGGUGAUUUAUUCAAACAGUUCGAGCGACUUCUAAUGGAUGAUCGUUGGGAGGUGCAACAUCAAUGCAUCAAAUUUUUGCACGAUGCAUUACCUACUUUUGGAGAUUAUAUGGAAUGGUGUAUGACUUAUUUAUUGCCAUCAAUUGUAAUCAAAUUGGGUAGUCCAAAGAUAACGAUACGUCGGAUAACGAAUCAAAUGCUUACAGCUUAUUUAAAAUUACAACCUGAUGCUUUAAAUAUUGUUCAAAAAGUGAUUGCAAAUUUUCUAUUGGAUGAUAAAAAUGAUUUACAAAUAAAAGAUGAAGCAUUGAGGGAAAUUCCGAAUCUUAUGAUAACAGAAUGUGUUAAUCAGAAUUGGAAAAUUAUGAUUAGUAGUUUAGCCGAAAUGAUGUAUACGAUUUCAUCGGAAAGACAUGAAAAAAUCAUUCGCUUACUUGCUCAUUUCAAUGUUUACUUAGGUGAAGAGAGGUUUUGGAAAAUUUUAUUAGAAUUAACAGUGAAACAAUAUGAAAUAUGUAAGAAAUAUGAAGAAAUGAUAAUUGAGAAAAGUGAAGAAAUGAAAGAAAGCCUUAAGAAUAAGGAAAAAAUUCCACCAUCUAUCGAUGUCGAAUUACGAUAUCGAUUCGGUAUAAUUCCAGUAUUUACCAGUAAUAUGCUCAGUAGUGAAAUUGAUCCAACAUCACGAAUUGUUGCCCUUGAACAGGUAAGCGAAAUAAUGAAUGGAAUAACACCUGAAGAUGCACGUAAAUUUGCAGCACAUUUGCAUUCAUAUUUUCUAACUUUGGGUAAUGUGUUGGAUGAUUUAAAUUUUAAAGUUGUCGCACUUUGCAUUGAUGUCCUUCGUUUAACGUUGGAAAAAAUUGGACCACUUUUAGCGCCAUAUUCACAACAAAUAAUUGGCUUAAUUUCAAAACAUUUUGGUAAUCAGAAAUCUUCAGUAAAACAACAAAUUAUGGCUAUAUGUAUGAUAACAAUGCGGAAUUGUUCACCGAAAACUGUCAUCUCAUAUUUAUGCGCCUAUUCAGAACAUCGAAAUUCACGAAUUCGUGAAGAAAUUUUAAAUAUUAUGACAGCCGCAUUACUUUCAUUCGAUUCACGCUCGAUUAAUCUAAAAGCAAUUGCUGAUGUUGUCGUACCAUUACUUGCUGAUCAAAAAAGACGUGUUAGAUUGGCAGCAUUUGAGUUAUUUGCUGUUCUUGCGCAUUUGUCAAAAAACUCCAUCAAACGUUUGCUAAAAUCAGUAUCAAAUAUGGAGGAAAAAUAUCGUGCUUAUGGACUUCUAAAUGCUGUGAAGGAGAGAAUAUCACGUAAAGCAUUGCCAAAGAUACGCUCUGACGGAUUAAUUGAAUAUGCCAUACCACUUGAUGCUGGCACUACAAUGAAUAGAGAAGGUUGGCGAUCGUUGAAAACGGACAAUUUAGAUUAUGAAUGGAUUAUGGGUGGUAGCAGCGGAUCAAGCAGCAUUCAUUCCAGAACAAAAUGGCCAUCAAUUAAUUCGGCAGAAAAACUUUCAUCUUCCUCACUUCCGGUUACGGAAAAUACAUUGUCAGAAAGCACUCAAUCGAUUGCUGAUAAUGAAAAUGAAUGGAAAGAAAAUUUCAAUGAGAUGUUAGGAGAAUUGGAAAAUAAGAAUAUAGUUGGAAAUGAUACGCAAAUAUCAAUGAAUGAAAGGCUAUAUUCAGAUGAAUGUUAUCAUUACAAACUUAAUGGAAAUGGUAUGGAUGAAAAAUAUUGGAACGAUAAUUCGCUUUCACAUUCGGUGGAUCGAAUUCGAUUGGAAAAAUUACAAUUAGGUAGUAAUUUAAACCAAACAACAAAUAAUGGCAAUAAUAGUAUCAUUCAUAACAAUGCGACAAAAGAAUCCAAUGAGGAAAAUAAUGUAGAAAAUGGAUUUGCUAAAACAAAAUUUGACAAUUUGGAUGGAAACUUUUUGGCAAACAAUAUUUUACGAAGCCGAAAAAUUGAAAACUCAGAAAAUGAUUUACUCAAACCAUCAAAAUCCGGAAAUUAUAACGAUAGUUAUGCACCAUCUGAACCAGCAAUACCUACUCCUUCCCUUUUACCUUUGAUGCAGAAAAGUUUCAGUCAUCAGAAUUUAGCUUCUCCAUCAAAAACUAAUGAUAUUCCUCAGCACGGCAAAGCAUUACCUAAAAUGAAUGGAAAAGGUAAUACAUCAUCAAUGAAACUGAAGUCUGCUUCAUCGAUGAGAAGUAUCACGUCAAAUUCAUCAUCAAUAGCAAGCAUAUCAAGACGUGAAAGAUGUAUUCAAAAUGUUGAAGCACUGUUGAAGAAUCCUGAAUCAUCGCUUAAUGAAGCAUUGAAAAAAUUUGAUGAUGAAGAUUGGAAUGGAAAACUUUGUGCUAUCGAAAUGAUCGUUACCUUAGCUGAAAUGUCACCAGGUGUAGUUGCUGAUAAUAUUCAUCGGGUUAUUAUGAAUUUAUUAAGUGAAUGCAAAAAUUUACGUUCAACAGUUUCUCGGACAGCAAUUUCCUCUUUUGGAACUUUAUUUGAAAAUCUCAAAACAAUUAUGGAUUCGGAGAUUGAAAAAGUAUGUCCCGUAUUAAUGCAAAAAGCCGGUGAUGUAAGUAAUGCAUUUAUUCGUGACAAUGCAACAGUUGCAUUAGAAAAAAUGAUCAAAUAUGUUUCGCCUGGGCGAUCGCUGAAUGCAUUGGUUACUGCUGGAGCUAAAAGUAAAAGCAAUACAGUUCGAGCAUGUUGUGCAAAUUUAUUAAUAAAAUUGGUGGAACGUGUAGGUCCUAUAAAUGUUAUCAGUGGUGCUGAAUUUUCGCGUUUCAUUACAUCAUUAUUGCUGUUUGCCAAGGAUGCAAAUGUAACAGUACGAAAGACUGGAAAAUAUGGAAUAAGUCUGCUAAGCCAGAACAAUGAAUUAUUUGAUGAUGCGAUACGCAAAAGUUUGAAUGAAAAUGAACGUCAAAACUUACGUGAAGUGUUAAAUGCUAUAAAUAGAAGAGGUUUAGAAGAAAGCAAUUUCGAUUCAUCAUCAUUAUCAUUAGGAUCAAGCAGUAGAAGUAGCAGUAUAAGACGAUCUGGUAGAUCUGGUAGUAAUGGACGAGAUGCACCAAUGUCACAAGAUAUAAAACAGGAUUUGUUGGAAAUUCGAAAUAAUCUUAUUGCUAGCGAAUGGGAACGACGAAUGAAAGGUUUAAAACAAUUCUCGGAAAUGGUAAAGAGGAAUGAUCGAGCAGCAAUAUCGGAUGCAAACAUUUUGGGAGCAUUUGUUAGCCGUACAUCAGACAUCAAUUUUAAAGUAUCAGUUGAAGCCAUGGAAACACUUGUCAGCAUUCUUCCGAUACUUUCUACGUAUUUUUCAAAUGGUACAACAUUGAAAGCAGUGCUAUAUCAAUUGGUCAACUCAUUGAUGUCACAUUUGGCUAGUCGUAGUGAAGGACAUCGACAGCAUGCCAAAUUAUGUUUUGAAGAAAUCACAAAAUAUAUUGAAAAUGUAGCUCUUCUGGCACCAUUUGCAGCUGCAACAAAGCAAGCUAAUGUGAAGCAAAAACCAUUUAUGUUGCAUACAUUUAGCAAAUUGGUUCAAUCGGUAUAUUCGAUUAAGCCACGACAGGUAGAAGCAGCAGGUCUUCCGGUUCUUUGGGAAUUGCUAAGAACACCACCACGAAGUUGUAGUGAUCCAGAGGUUCGAGAUGCUAUUCAUCAUUAUGCUGUUAUAAUGGCAAAAUGUCUUGGCAUUAAAACACUUCUGGAAUUGUCUACAUUCCGGAUUAGCCCAAGUCAGAAGAAAACUUUACAGGAAUUAAUUUCCUGA